AUGCCCAGAUUUCGCGUUGCAAUUUGUGGAGGAGGCAUAGGCGGACUGUGUCUCGCCGUAGCCCUGUCCAAAUAUCCCGAUAUUCGAGUCGAUAUAUAUGAAGCCGCAGAACGGUUCAAAGAGAUCGGUGCCGGUGUGAUGAUAUGGUCAAGGACUUGGAGGAUUCUCCAACUACUUUGUCUAGCGGAUCAGUUCUCCGCGGUUGCCCACGCUCCGCCUGAUGGAUCUUUGGGCAAGUGCGACAACUUGUCGUCAUUCGCCGUCGCUCUGAUGUGCGGGUAUGGCUGUAUCCGGUUCCACCGGGCGCACUUCCUCGAUGUCUUUGUGGACAACCUGCCGCCCGACGUUGCUCACUUCGGCAAACGGGUGACCUUUUACUGCGAAUCCCCCUCUACAUCUCCCUAUUCGGCGAUCGAGCUCACAUUUUCGGACGGUACCCGGGCCACGUGCGACGUUCUCAUUGGAUGUGACGGCAUCAAGUCCUUGGUGCGGAAGCAAAUGUACGAACAGCAUGCCGUGAGCGAUCCUCGAUUGCUGGGGUUCAUCGAUCCAGUAUGGAGUGGUACCAUCGCGUAUCGUGGUUUGAUACCGAAGGAAGAACUCUCGACAUCACACCGUGCCAUCGACCGACCAAUGAUGUACUGCGGCAAGAGCAAGCACGUCGUUGGUUAUUCGAUUGCGGCAGGAAGCAUCGUCAACGUUAUCACGUUCGCAAGUGAUCUUAACAAAGAACACACUCCCUACGACGACGUAUGGGUCAAGGAGUGCCCUAAGGAAGAACUCCUCGACUGCUACAAAGGUUGGGAGGCCGACGUGCAGGAAUUGCUGACAGCGAAAGCCCCGACGAAAUGGGCGUUGCACGCAUUGAGGCCGCUUCCUUUCUACGUGUCUGGGCGUGUUGCCCUUCUGGGGGAUGCGGCUCACGCGAUGCUACCUCAUCAAGGUGCUGGUGCUGGGCAAGCCAUUGACGAUGCAUACUUGCUUGCUUCUAUCCUGGGCAACAGAUCGACCACUAUAUCCACCCUUCCUGCUGCAUUACAAGCCUAUCAAACCAUCCGACUGCCCAUGGCAAACCACGUCCUAGAACAGUCGCGGGUGUCAGGCAUGAUGUAUGCUUUUAUAACUAGUCCGCUCUCGUGGUGA